AUGGAGCCAGGCCUUCCCCCCCCAGCAGCGGCCUUCCUGAUGCUGGCUGCGGCCUGGUGCUGCCGACAGACAUCGCUCUGCUUCGGCCCCCAGGGAGCCACGUCACUGCGCCGCCAUUCGGUGCUGGGAACAUGGAAAUGGCCAGUGGGCAGGCGGGCGGUGGAAGCAACGACCACCCUGACGCCCACAGCCAUCUGCAGGCUCCCAGAAAUUCAGAGGCAGGGAAUUGGAGGGGAAAAAAAGAUGCUCAAAGUAGUUGAAAACCUUGGUGUGAGCUAUGUGAGAAGUAAUGAUUUAUACAAAACUAAGCUGGAGUCUGAGCUCCGCAGACUUAAUUUUCCCUACAACCCUACAAAGUAAGCUUUGGCUGAGGAUGAUUAUGAGGCAAGAAGAAAAGACCACAUCUCUCAUUUCAUACUGCGCCUUGCUUACUGUCAGUCUGAGGAUCUCAGGCGUUGGUUUCUUCAACAAGAAAUGGAUCUCUUGCGGUAUCGCUUCAGUCAAUUAACUGACAGUUUAAGACAGAAAUUCCUGAAACAUGUUAACUUAUCAUUUGAAGCUAUUAGUGAAGACCUCAAAGAAGAAUUGGCAAAUGAGCUGUAUACAUCAACCCCUGGCCAUAGUACACCUAAACUAAAAGAACAAAUAUUCUAUAAGGUUGGGCUUGCAGAUGCUGUGGAUCUAUUUAGAGCCAGAAGAGUGUUUGUUAAAGACGGCUUUGCUUAUGUGCCAUUUAAGGAGAUUGUUGUGAUUGUUUUGAAUAACUACAGAACAAAGUUAUCUAAAGCACUGGCG